CUGGCUGCGGCCGGCUUUGAAGAUGGCGUGAUACGAGUUUGGGAUAUAAAUUCAGGACAACUUAGUUAUAUAUUGAAAGAUACAGUUGAAGAUGUCGAACAAAUAAUGUCAGCAAUUAAUAAUGAAAAUUCUAUAAAAGAACGAGUUACUUGUUUACAAAUUAUAACACCAAAUUUACACUCAUAUUAUAAUACAUCUGAAUUAUUAUCUGAACAAAAAACACCUGCUAUACUUUUUGCAACUUAUCGAAAUGGUUAUUUUCGUGAAUGGGAUCUUACUUCUGGUCAAAUUACUCAUACAAUUUGCACAAAUCAAAAGGGUGGUAUCAGUUGUCUCUUUGUAGUUGAUGAUCCAGAUGAAAUACGUAUCUUUACUGGAGCACGCGAUGGAUCUGUCAAGUGCUGGGUUCGUACAAUUUAUGAUUUAGAUAACGAGUUUAAUAUUAUUGAUUUGGAUUGUGAUGAAUCACGUAAGAAUGCGUGGAAAUUGCUCUAUACGUUAUCAGGUGAAUUAGGAAACGCAAUUACUAGCGUAGAUGCUAAAGUAGUCAAAACUAAAAAUGGUUGUUUUGGUAUAACGGUUAUUGGAGCUGCGGAUGGAGAGGUUAGAUUAUAUGAUUACCUUACAGGUCAAAUUAUAACGACAUUAAGUUAUGGGACGUUUAAUAAACAGAAAAUUGCAAAAGAAAAUAAAAAGCAAAUAUUUCAACAGCAACAGAAAAGAAAAAUUAAAGACUACUCUUUAGAACAAGAUUCGUCUGAUGAGGAUUAUGAAUUUUGGGAUGAAACUGAAGAUUUUGUUUCACACCAGGAUGCUAUUACAAGUAUUAUAAUUCAUCCACUUAUGGAAGAAGUUUGUCCAUGUGGAGAUACUAAAGAAACUAGUGGUUUUUCGAUAAUAACUUCGUCAUUGGACGAAAAAGUGAAUUUUUGGCAAUUAACACGAAGUUUUAUAAAUUGUAAGUGCAUGGCUUCCCAACUUGAUGAUUACGAUGGCGAAGAUGCCUCAGAACGACCUCAGAAAGUUUCUCAGUGGGAUAAUGCAACAAUAAAAUAUCUCGGACAUGUGGAACAACCUGGCGGUUCAGAAACUGUGCUUCUUAAAGGAAAUAUAAUUGGAGUUCGCCGUGUUAAAAAUUCAAAAGUACACACGAAAAGAAGCCAUGGUGCUGAAGGUGAAUGGGAGGUCUGGACUCUGGAUAUUAGUGACCUUCAUAUGCUCGAGUUAACUGAAAAGAUUGAAAAUUCUGAAAAUCAUGAUGAUUUUGUUGAUUUUGAAGUUAAAACUAUUCCAUUGGUUAGCGAAAUCGAUAUUAUAAUGGAGGAACAAAGAAAGAGUAAAGACAAACGACAAGGUCGCGAAAAUGUGGGGAGAUUAAAAGGAUUUGUUGGGCGACGUAACGCUGUUUCGAUAGCAAACAAGAAUUACAAUCAAAAUCAUUUGCAUGAUCACAAUGAAGAGGACUAUGCACAAGGUCAAGUUGUGGAUUUUAGGAAUCCAAGUCAAAAACGACGUGUUUACCCAGAUAACAGUCAAAAUGAUCGAAAACUUACAUCAUUUAAGGAAGAUGAUGAAAUGAAUGAAAUGCUACCAUUUUCUUAUAUUCGACGAGUUGUUAAAGUGGGUGAAGAUGGAAUAGCUGUCAC